AUGGUCAUCAUCGUUGCUUGGACAAUCGCAACCAUCCUCGCUGGCUGUCUGAUUUGCCGGCCUUUCGCCUACAAUUGGGAUAAAUCGAUCCCUGGAGGAAGCUGUGGCGAUCAAGUCACCUCAUUCACGAUUACCGGAGUCAUCAACUUGGUCACCGACGUCAUGGUGCUUCUUCUGCCCAUGCGUCCGUUGUAUCAACUGCAAAUGGCGACGUACAAAAGAGUGACUCUCGUAGCCGUUUUUGGCCUGGGUACUUUUACCUGUAUCGUCAGCGCCUUCCGCAUCUCCGUCCUAUCCAGCAUGGACUUUACCGAUAUCACCUAUACGAUCCCCAAAGCCAACAUCUUCAGUGGCCUAGAGCCAUGCCUCGCCGUAGUCCUCGCAUGCGUGCCUCUGAUGCAUCCACUUCUUGGUCGCUCCGCAGCAACACCUCACGCGUCGGGGAAAAAGAAGUCCUCGAAUGCUGAGUCUAAGUCCAGUGGGCCGAAAGCUGUCAGCGAUGACGGGUUCGAGCGGCUAGACGAUGAUACGAGUCACCUGUGGCUUAAACCGAUGGGGCUACAGCAUCGCGCUGAUGAAUCGGAUUUGCAGGAGACUAUAACAGGAGAUGCAAGCGAAGGAGAUCAGGAGUCUCUUCAUAGACAUCGGGGGAAUAUCGGUAUAGCUACUUGA